AUGGUGAAAGACACUACAUAUUAUGAUAUCUUGGGUGUUGAACCAACUGCAACGGCCUUAGAGUUGAAAAAAGCUUAUAGAAAGCAGGCAAUUAAACUUCAUCCAGAUAAAAAUGCCAAUGAUCCCCAAGCAGCUGAGAAAUUUCAGGAAUUGGGAGAAGCUUACGGAAUACUUCAAGAUGAAGGAUCAAGAGCAAUCUAUGAUGAAGUAGGUGUUGAAGGGAUGAAGAGCUCAAAUGUCGAGAAUGCUGCUGCUGAUAUUGAUCCAGCUGAAUUUUUCACCAUGGUAUUCGGUGGUGUUGCCUUUCAAGACUGGAUUGGAGAAUUAUCUUUGAUAAACGAGGCAACUAAAGCUUCUGAGAUAUUAGGAGAAGACGAUGAUGAAAAUACUUCAACAGACAAAUUAAAUGAAAAAGUAUCAGAUUUAACCCUUCAUAAUGACAAUUCACAAUCCGCUAUCAGUAAACCUGAAUUAACUAGUGAAGAACUUGAAAAAAAGAAGCAUGCUAAGAUAACCAAGGAAAAAAGAGAAAAGAUAGCUGCAAUGCAAGAAGAAACUAGAUUAGCUAAAAUCGAAAAGGUUAAUAAGUUAGCUGCCAAUUUACUUUCUAAAAUCGAAAAAUAUGAAAGUGUUGUAACUACUCCUAGUGCUCUUGAACAAUUCACUUUAAAAUUAAGACAAGAGUUUGAAGAUUUAAAGAUUGAAAGUUUUGGUAUUGAAUUACUUCAUUUGAUUGGAAAAAUAUAUACAACUCAAGCUAAUGCAACUAUCAAUUCAUCUAAAACAUUUGGUGUUUCUAAAAUAUUUUCAUCAGCCAAAAGUACCGCCACUACUGUUAAAAAUGGAUAUUCGAUCUUAAAGUCGGCUGUGGAUGCACAAUCUUAUGUUGAAGAUAUGAUGAAGGAAGAAGAAGCUAUUCAAAUUGCUGAACUUAAUGGUAUAGCAAUUUCUGAUGAAAUCAGAUAUAGACAUGCGGAGAAGCAACGUAUAAGUAGUGGUAAAAUGGUAGCAACAGCUUGGGCAGCAACUAAAUUUGAGGUUACUGGUACGCUUAAUAAAGUUUGUAAACAAGUUUUAAAUGAUAAAUCUAUUUCCAAGAAGGAAAAAAUAAGUAGAGCUAGAGCUUUAUUAUUCAUCGGAAGAGAAGCAUCCUUGGUUAAGAGAUCACCAGAAGAAGAUGAAGAAGCUAGAGUCUUUGAAGAAAUGAUGGCCGAAGCAAAUGUUAAAAAGAAUAAAAGAUCCAGGGCCAGUGAUGCUCAAAUGGAUGCAUACUUGAAAACCUAUGCCGAUUCCGAUACAGAAACCGAAACCACUGGUAGCAGUAAGUAG